CGGAGUGAGGGUCGGCGCGCAUGCGCCCCGAGUCACGCGCGUAACCGGGGCUAGAGACUGGUUCCCUGUACCCAGGACCCCCGCCCCCUCUGCCGCGUAGCCAGCGAAGCCAAGCCGUGCGUGCCCGGGGCGGAGGCUGGGGGCCGGCUCCAGGGGGGGCUUUGCAGGGAGUGCACCCACCGCGCCGGGCCCCCUCGGCUCCGUGCUGCUCCGGGGGCCGCGGCGGGAACGCUCGCCUGUGCUCGGGGUGUUGCAUUCCCACGUCCAAUUCGCCUCGCCCGGGCAGCCGCGCCGCGGGUGCCCCGUCGCCAGCCCCCUGCCCGGGCCAGGCCAGGCCGGCCGGCCGGCGGGGAGAUGAGCUUCUUCGGCUUCGGGCAGAGCGCGGAGGUGGAGAUCUUGCUGAGCGAUGCCGAGAGCAGGAAGCGAGCGGAGCACAAGACGGAGGAUGGCAAGAAGGAGAAGUAUUUCCUCUUCUACGACGGGGAGACCGUCUCCGGGAAGGUGAGCCUCGCGCUCAAGAACCCCAACAAGCGGCUGGAGCACCAGGGCAUCAAGAUCGAGUUCAUCGGGCAGAUCGAGCUCUACUAUGAUCGAGGGAACCACCACGAAUUUGUGUCGCUGGUGAAGGACCUGGCUCGGCCUGGUGAGUUCACACAGUCCCAGACCUUCGACUUUGAGUUCACCCACGUGGAGAAGCCCUACGAGUCCUACACAGGACAGAAUGUAAAGCUACGGUAUUUCCUCAGAGCCACCAUCAGCCGCCGGCUCAACGAUGUGGUCAAGGAGAUGGACAUUGUGGUCCAUACACUUAGCACAUACCCAGAGCUCAAUUCAUCAAUCAAGAUGGAGGUUGGGAUUGAGGACUGUCUGCACAUCGAAUUCGAGUACAACAAAUCCAAGUACCACUUGAAAGAUGUGAUUGUGGGGAAAAUCUAUUUCCUGUUGGUGAGGAUCAAAAUCAAACACAUGGAGAUCGACAUCAUCAAGAGGGAGACAACAGGGACGGGCCCUAACGUUUAUCACGAGAAUGACACAAUAGCCAAGUAUGAGAUCAUGGAUGGAGCACCUGUGAGAGGGGAAUCCAUCCCAAUCCGGCUCUUUCUGGCUGGGUAUGAGCUGACUCCCACCAUGAGAGACAUCAACAAGAAGUUCUCAGUGCGGUAUUACCUGAACCUGGUGCUGAUCGAUGAAGAGGAGCGGCGCUACUUCAAGCAGCAGGAAGUGGUGUUAUGGAGGAAAGGGGACAUUGUGCGAAAAAGUAUGUCUCACCAGGCAGCCAUUGCCUCCCAGCGCUUCGAGGGCACAUCUUCCCACCCUGAAGCCCGGACCCCCGGCCAGCUGUCUGACAACAACAGCCGGCAGUGAGGCCUUUGGGCCAAGAAGCUGCUGGGCUUCACCCCUCACCCACCUAACACCAGCUGCUCAAGGGGGAGGGGGCUGGGGAGCGUGAUGCUCUGCAGACACUUUACACACAACCUGAGAAAACAAAAACAAAUUCCAUUUAUGACUUUAAUUCCUUUCUCUGAAGAACCUGAAGGGGACAGCUAUAGAAGCAUUCCCCUAGGACUAUGCCUGCAGCCCCAGGAGGCUUGGAUAGCUUUAGAACCCAAGGGCUGAUUUAGGGCAGGGAGUGGAGUGUAUCCCCAAAGAUAUCUGGUCCCUGGGGUGAAGGAUCCUGCCCUUGGCAGAAAGGCUAUUGGACCAAGAGUGUUUUAGAGCAAGAGCUGGUCUGUGUAUUGAGUAGAAUGUUGGCAGGGUCUUACCUGUCCUUUGGCCCUUCACUGUCUGCUCUCUCCAAGCCAAGGGGCUAGGAAUGACACUGGGAUCUUCAUCUGCAGGUGUUGACCCUGCAUGGUCCCAGUUGUACCAUCCCCUUUUUCUAUCCCCAAGAAUGUGACAGGAAGUAGGCCUAGGCAGGCAAAGCCCAGAAAGGGCAGGAACAAUUCAAGAUCAGGAAUCUACCUCUUUGGGAGUGGGAGUCUUGGAUGCCGUACUAAGACACCACUAGGAGCCAUCUCUUCUCUGGCCCCAGCCCGUUCCCCCUCUCAAAAAAAUAAAUUCCAGUGAUGAGACAUAGACACUCUCCUUCCAACACACGCUUCCCUCAUGCCUAAAUUAUGAUCAUCUUCAAUGUCACAGAACAGAAGCCUGAGCAGAGGGAUGACAAAGCCAAGCCUGGAAAGGGAAGCUCAGCUGGGGGCAGUGUCAUGGGUAGCAACACUUGUCGAAAAUGAGAUUUCUGAGCUAGUCUUUCAGACGUAGUAGUCAGCCUGCUCUUGGAAGUUCUGAUGUCUAACAGCUACCUGGCUUCUCCAUGUAACUCAUUCUUUUGAGCCCCAUCUGGUUUUGACACUGACACUUUAGGGCUCACAGGUCCUCUAAGUAUGGGAAACAAUGUAGGUAUUCCUUUAAGACCUAAGCAAAAGAUCUCACUUCCCUUUAAGGGAAAUGAGAGCUAGAAAGCGCAGCCUUGGCCAGUGCUUACGUAGCCAAUCAACACCCCCACCAUGCCUCCUACCUCCUUUCAGGGAUAUGGGGGCAUGGCUUUGAACUCUUGAAAAUCACCCUCUUGCAACCACCCCAGACCCUUUAGAAUCUAGUUUCCUCACUUGUAAUGAAGGGAAAGGACAUGAGGGCCUCAGCAGAGGACGAUGGCUAUCAUAACUUCUCAAUAUUUCUGCUUGCCAAAUUGAGUCUUCAUCUUCACCAGAUGAAUGCCCAGAGUUUAGGGCUAUUACUGUUUUCCCCUUUAAAAAAAAAUAAUCUCAUCUGGAUGUUUUUGUGAUAUAAAGGGAAGAGAGCCAUUCCCCUCUCUGUGACACUGUGUUCUGAACAGCAGAAGCAAACGUGUUUUUUCUGCCCCAUCUGGAGAUGAGCAGACGUCAAGCCGUUGUUCACCCUUUCUCAAUGAAGACCAACUCCUAAUCACAAAAGCUGGUGUUAUGAAAUGAACUUCCCAUGGGGAAAGUCUCUCUUGACUGCCUGGGGUAACUGAGCCUGGGAAGCUGAAUGUUGUGAUAAGGAGGGUCUUGACUGUGUCAGAGCACAGAGUUAGGACUUCCAGUGUGCCUACCUGCUAAUAGCUGGCAGCCCCCUUCUGUAUCCUAACAUGUCUUCUCCACAUUCCCCAGUGAUAUGCAGAUCUUUCCUGACUUUACUGAUUUAUCAAUUUUAAGAUUUUCCUAUGGAAGGGGAGGGAGAAGCUAUUAUGGCUCUCUCAUGGACAAGGCUCUUACACCAGAUCUUUACUUUUCUCUUUCCCAUCCCCUCUCCCUUCUCCAGCUGUCACUGCGAGGGUGGCCCACCUCCACUUUUCCCGUGCCCUCAUCCUGGGGAGUGCAUAGGUACUAAACCAAGCAGUGCGACUUGUAAUUAAGCAGCUGCAGUGUUUACAUGUUUCUUAAUUUGUUGUCUUUUCAAUGGCUGUAUUUUAAAAAACAAACAAAAAAAAACAAACAAAAAAAAAAACUUGUUUUAAUCGUCUGAUUAAAGGGAGCCACUGUGGCUCCAGAGACCAUGUGCCCAUGGAGUUUGAGAUUCUGUGGUCUAUUCUGUUCCAUGUUAUUCUCCCUCGUAAGCAGGGGCCCAGCCUUACCUUUGGUUACAAAGGAAGAAGCAGCCUCCUAGUUCCUGCUAAAUACCAAUUAGUGCUUUAAUAGUCCUGUCUCACCUGCACAUGGUACAGGGUUGGGGGAAAAAAAGCCCUGGCUUUUCCCCAGUAUCAGCCUUCCCUCAAUAAAGUGAUGUUGGCAGAAUGCCCUGAGGGGUCUAGGUGAUUGCUGACAAGAUAGAAUGCAGAAAGCUAAAGAGCUGGUGUGAUAAAAACCAACCAGUGGAGCCUUCCUCCUCCAUCCUGUUAUGUGCACUUUGCCAGCUCUUGGUUUUGCAAAGGCCUAAAAGCAGCCAGGAGUCCUCCCCAAGUCACAGGUGAGAGCCCAGGUGGAAUUCACAAUUUGCCAUUAAGAAACAAGAUGACUGCAUCCAAUGCUUUCUUAUAUUGAUGUUUUAAUAAUAGUAAUAAAAACACUUAUCAGGUACACAGACCAACCUUGAAGAAAAAAGGAACCAGCAAAUCCAAAUCCCUCUCACCUCCUAGACAGAGAGAGGCAUGACUUGCUUGUAGAAACAGUCCUUUCUUUUCAACAAGAAAUUUCCAUUUAACUUGGCUUCUUGUCCUCCAGGCUUAAGACAAACUCAAAUUCCCCUGUCAAAGAGGAAAAAGGGAAGGUCUGAGCUGGAGGGCAGGUGGUUUUGGCAUGAGUGUAAGAAGGAAGGGUAGGCUAGCUCUCACCUUGGGUCAGGGGCUGUACUGAGAGUCUCUGACGGGUGAAGAGAGCCAUGUUUUCUAGAGGGCCACCGUUGGCUUUGUGGGCUUGGUGAUGGACCUUGAGCUCAGCCAGGGGAAUGAAACGUUUGGUCAUUCGAAUAAACUGGACAUCCACCUAAAAGAGAAGAAUGGGAGGUGUAGAUCCAGCCCCUGGAUUCACCCAGGCAACUGUCCACUGUCUUGAAUGACCCAUGGAAUGAGCACCUGUCAAGAGAUACAGCAUGUUCUCAGUGGGCAGGGCCCUGGGGCUCCUGCACCCCAAAAUCAAGGUUUCUAGUGCUUGUUUACUGUCUUUUAUUAUUAAAGGAGUCCUAAUGUGUUCCCACUAA